CUCUUUCUAGCUAGGUAGGGCUUGAGGACGACGGCGAUGGCGGAAAAUUUCGGCCUGGGGAUGCUACUGGACAUUGUGGACGAUGACUGGUUGCGCGAUACGCUCCCUGACGACGAUAUUCCAUUUCCUCCCGGCGUCGUUCCCCCGACCGAUGACAUGGAAGAAUCGAAUCAAGAGCAGCAGCUCGCGGCGCAGGACAAAUGGACCGAUCUCGGCCUCAACACGAUUCAGUGAUCUUUCGAUU